GCACUGCAAGCAGGGGAAGCCUCGACAUGGGCACCUGGAAUUACCUCUGGCAUUUCAUCCUCCCUGUUUUCCUCUAUACCAUAAUGACAUUAGAGGGAAAAGACACAGCGACUACCACCACUGAGAAGCAUGUAGACAUGUCAAGAAGCACAAACGACAGAACUGGCCCAGCUCUAAACAGCUCAAAUACCUCUGUGACAGAGCCCAACACCCAAAACCUCCUGGGCACAACCUCACUGUCCCCCUCCAUGAUGAGGACGAUGGGUGGAGGUAUGGAUGAAGGGAGGAUGGACACUACACCCACAACAUCAACGCGGCAAGGGAGCUCACUGGGGAUGUCUCCUGGGAGUGGUGCAGUGAUGUCAGCAUUCCCAACAGGGAAUGACAUCACCACUGUCCCCAGCAUGGGCACAGAGAGUGGCUCUACUUCCUCCCCACAUCUCAGCUCAGGCACAACGAGCCACUCUUCCUCCUCCUCCUCUCCUGAGGGCUCCCCAGCUGUGACUCCCAGCCCACAGCAAAGCAGCACCACUGGGAUGCCCUUGGCCACCACAUCCCGCCCAUCCACAGCAGUUGUGCUCUCCUCUCCGUCCUCCACUGCUGGCAUUACGAGUGCUCAGUUCUCUGCUGGGACAGCAGAGACCAAGCCACAGGGCCCAACUGCCCCCAGACCUCCCACCUCCACAGCACGGGGACACCGGCACCCCGACACACCUCCACACCCCUCACACAGGGACAGCCCGCAGAGGAGGUGGCGGCUACUUCAUCUCCCAUGA